AUGGCUGAGGAAAUUGAAGUACAGAACCAAGAAGAAACAGCAGAAAUCGAUGAGGAACAAGCUACAAAAGUCAACAAGAAACAACUUGAGGAACAUAUCAUGAAUUUCAAAGGGGAAAAACGUAGUGCAAAAUCACAUAUGACACGGUUACUAAAUAACAUGGCGGCCAUGCUAUCGGACUCGAAUACUGAACAAAAAUAUGUUAAAGAAUUGUUAUUAAGAAUUGACGAACAGAAAGACGAAACAUUGCAUAUUAUGAAUCAACUCGAGGAUAUUUAUCAGCGAAGCAAAGAAUAUGAAAAUGCUAAAAAAGUAAAUGACGAAGCGGAUGCACUGGUCGAUCAAGUGGAAUAUGAAACAAGUUCAGCGCGUAUGUUUUUAACAUCGUUGGCAAAGAAACAGUGGAGUUCAAGCGCAGUGACGGUAACAAGCAGCAAAGAGUCGAACGUGGGCGAGACUUCGAAACAGAGGCAAGAUGAAGAUGAAAGGACAAAAAAUGCGGGACUUUGGGCACGUAUACGAAACGAAGCAGAAGUUCAAAAGAAAAGAGAAUUGUUAGAAGAACAAGAAAGGCAACUACGAACAGCCGAAGAGCAAGCAGAGAAAACACGUCAAGCGUUAGGUGUAUUAGAGAAGGGGAAUAAUGAAGACAAUGAGAAUCAACAAAAUAGCGAACAGUCAAACACAGUAGAAAGAAUCGAGGUCAAUGAAACCCCAAUGAGAACAGCUCAGAUAUCACUUCCAGUAAACAGUAACACACCUACCAGAGGGGCGGGGCGACUACAUCUCAAGCACAAUUGGAGAGAAUUUGCAUUCCAGUAUUUUCAGGUAACAAAAUGGAUUUUCAAAAAUGGCGUGCAGCAUUUAUAA